GUGAUCUCCUGCAGUUUAUUCUCCUACUGAAUUAACUUCAGAAUGAACAUCCACUGUCUCCUCUUCUACUGGUCCUUCUUCUUCUCAGCGCUGUGUAGCUGUGGGCUCAUCAGUGCAAAAACAAUCAUCCACACAGAAGGAGGCAGUAUCACAGUGGAGUGCUCCUUCUCCUUAUCUGGAAGAAAAAAGUUUCUCUGUAAGGAUAAAUGCGAAGAAGGAGACGUUCUCAUUGAAACUGAAGGUGACACAGCUCAAAGGGGCCGAUAUAGCAUCCAGUAUGAAGAGGGAUCCUUUCCAGUAUCGUCUACAGUUCUGUAUGUGAGCUUCACAGAGCUCACAAAGUCCGACUCUGGACGAUACUCGUGUGGUUUGGAACGGCCUCUCUUACCAGACUCAUAUCAGGAGUUUGAAGUCAGAGUUAUAGAUGCCUUGAAGACUUUCCCUGAGACACUGAGGCAGCUUGAACAGCAGCAGACUGGCGAAACAGCUCAGGCUCUCAGUUUCAAAGCUCAUGUCCUGCCUCUGGUCACAUGUGUCACUGUGCUGUUUGCUGCUGUUGUGUUGCUCUUCUACAAAUGGAUCAGAAUAAGGGAGACUGAUGGUUUGACCACCAGGAGGCAGUCAGACACAAAGAACAACACAAGCAGAAACCUGGAGUUUUCCACAUGCAGGAAGUGCUCUCCAGUCUCUAGAUGUGCAGACUUCACCCCCCCAGUGGAUGAAACCUGCAGCAGUCAUAAUAAAAUCUACUGUAACCUCUGAACCUUUGUUUCACCUUCUCACCAUCAGAACUAAUGCAACUAAAACGAUCUAAUCACUCACCAAACAAUUUAUUAGGAACAUCUUGCUUUUACCAGGUUGGGGCCACUUGUCCCAUGCUGGAAGCACCUGCCGUGUGGUCAUCAGGUGUUGUACAUGUUUAGCAACAAUACUCAUGAAGGCUGUGGCACUUAAACAAUGCACAGUUGGCACUAAAGCCCCUUUUCCAUUAGUACCUAUUCGACUCGCCACAACUCUACUUGUAUGUGUGCGCUUGUCGUCAAACGCAUCUCUUAUGACUCGAGUGAUGCUCUUAAAGGGAGCAGCUAAAAGAAAAAGAACAUUAAGAUCAGAAAAACAUCUUGAAUCCCCAAAAGACUGUUUGUAUGUGAUAUAGUGUUUGUUCAGUUUGCUUAUAAAUGUUAUAAUUGUGCCAAAAAGGACCUCCCAAGGUGUAUAACCUAAUAAACAAACCAGUCUUUAUUUAGGUGAAAAACUGAAGUCCAUAAAAAUCCACAAAGAAAACUCAGAAAAGACUCCAAAAUCUUCCUGAGCUCCAGAAGCACACAUGAAUAGGCAAAAUAAGCAAACUAUAGAAUAAGGAGAACAGCACAGGGUUGAAACUCAGGCCAAAGUUUGAUUAAAAUCAAAACGGUAGCUUUUAUUGCUGGAAAAAACUAACAUCAAAUGCAAAACUAAACUAGAAACAGGAAACAAGAAACUUCAACAAGAAAACAAACCAGCAUCUGUCAACUUGGCAUAAUGAGGGUACAACACAACAAAGAAUAAGGGAAAACCCAGGGCUUAUAUAAACAGUGGGAUAACAAGGGAAUGAGACACAGCAGGAGAAAACAGCUGGGAGUAAUCAGACUUAAUAAGACAAAAAAAAGCAAAGCAGAAUCCAAUGACUAAAAACAGACUGUCAAAAUAAAAGAGGAAGUAUAAAACAGAGAAGCGGACUCUACACUGAGGCAGAGGAUUGAACCAUGGGACGGGAAAAAAGCACAGAGUAGAUAUAACAUGGACACAGGGAAGGCACACUGACUGAAACUAUAAGCUAGAGCAACACAAUAUAACCUCAAAACAACUAAAACCAUGAAUAACAAAUAAUGAAGAAAUAUUAAUUAAACACAAAACACUGGGUCACACCCAGGACCAUGACAUUGAGAAUUACACACAGCUGAACAAGAUCAGAUAAUGAGAUUUGAGAAAGUAAAAUAAAAACAAGGCACAAAAGACAAAGACUGUCAACUUAAAACAGAAAGUAAACAUGGCAGAGAAACAAGAAACAAAGUAUACAAGGGAAGCUUAAGUAAACUUAAAGUAAAAAUCAUUACAACAACAUGAUGUCACAGCCCUGGGCCUCGGAGGGAGUGAGACCUCCCUUUGCUUCAAGCAAAUCCAAGAGUGCAAGGACUCGUUGACAAAUGGUUAAUUGGAGUCCUGUGCCUCCCUCUCGUAGGCAGAUUGAAGUGUGACAGCCCACGCAGAUGAUUGGCUGCCUGGGGAUCCCAUGGUAAUCCAAGAGGCAAUGAGUGGCUGAUUGUGUGCACUGCAGUUAUAAAAGGCUGAAGCGCCUUCACUCUAUUCACUUCUUUCUAAUCAAUGAUUUUAGAUGUUAUUUUUUUCUCUUUUUAUAUAAGCAAAUAUGUGUUUUUGUGCUUGAGUAAAUUAAAGCCCAAUUUAAAAAAUAUAAGAUGUACUAUGUUUCAUAUUAUAAUCAUGAUGAUUUUCUUUUGCGUGUACGCCAAAAAUCCUGUCAAGUGGAAUCAAAACAUUCUUGUAAGCAUAAAAAAUUCCUGCAACACAUUUUGGAAAACUUUAUAUAUGUAAUAUGAGACAGAAAAUUGCAUCAUAUUUUUAUUUGAAAAUCUUGUUUUCUGUAACAUGCUUUGCUGACUUUUGAGUUGUCUAGUUUAGAGUUAAUAAAAUCAAAAAAAAGAGUUAAUAAAAUCAUACAUACAGUAGAAAUCAGAGUAGAAUCAGUCUUCAUCUGUAUAAGUGCACCCUAUUUGCUACUGUCUUGCAGCCACUCACGGAAAAUACUUGCUCCAGUUUGGGGUAAUAGACUAAACUUCUGGCCACCUGGUCUGCCACAUUUUCAUCUGGCUGAAGACCUUUGUCUCUCAUCGCAGCCAUCGCACACUGUACAACAUGUUUGUACUCCAGAGGCAGGAAUGGGAUGAAAACAUCAACCAGACAACUGUCAAUAAAAGUUGACUUUGAAA